AUCACGUUUGAAAAUAACUCAUGGACGUCAGCUUCACGCAACUGACAGAACGCGGAGCCAAUCAAAAGCCUGGACGACCCCCGUGUUGCUCUCCUUAAAAAUGCCUCCGCAGGGAUGUCUCGAGCACCAGCAGAUGGCGGUUUCCCACAGCAGCUAGAGAUCACAGUGGUACCGCGGAGCGCGCGCGAGCGAGUUUGACUUGAGGUGAAGCAGCCGAACGGAGUCUGACCCGGUUGUAGGAACCGAACACGAUAUAUAGGUGGUAAAUACAGAACGGAAACCGGAGAAACACCGAGUUCUGGAAGCUGGAGUGACUGUCCGAGGAGAAGGGGACAGAAAAGAAGGAGCCGUUUCAAUUAAAGGUGCCGACCUCUCAUCAUGCAGCACUACGGGGUGAACGGCUACUCUCUGCACGCCAUGAACUCCCUGAGCGCCAUGUACAACCUGCACCAGCAGGCCGCUCAACAGGCGCAGCACGCGCCCGACUACCGGCCCUCCGUGCACGCGCUCACACUGGCCGAAAGACUAGCUGACAUCAUCUUGGAGGCUCGCUACGGCUCACAGCACCGCAAACAGCGCCGGAGCCGCACAGCUUUCACCGCUCAGCAGCUGGAGGCUCUGGAGAAGACGUUCCAGAAGACCCACUACCCGGAUGUGGUGAUGAGGGAGCGCCUCGCCAUGUGCACCAACCUGCCGGAGGCCCGGGUGCAGGUUUGGUUCAAAAACCGCAGAGCAAAGUUCCGGAAGAAGCAGCGCAGCCUGCAGAAGGAGCAGCUUCAGAAGCAGAAGGAUGUGUCCGGGGAAGGAGGAAGUGAGAAGGAGGAAGCUCCUCCUCCUGCCACCAUCCUUCCUGACACCCAGGUCCCACCAUCAUCCUCCUCUCCCUCCUCCUCCUCCCUGGAAACAGACCUUCCUCUGGUCCGCCACGUUCCUCUGGACAUGGAGCUGAACGUGACCUCCGCAGAGCAUUCGGGCAGCGACUCGGCAACAGAGGACAACGCCACCGAUAAGGAGGACGAGACUAAGUCUGUCAGAGAGGAGAUGAAGUGUGAGACCCCGGGUGAUCCCUCCCCAGGUUGCAAAAGGCUCAGCCCCAAACCGGAUUCCCCCCUGGUCUCUCCGUCCAUAACGCCCUCCUCGUCCUCCGGCGGCCUGGCCGGUGCAGGUCCUCUCUCUCAGAGCCACUCUUACUCGUCCUCCCCCCUCAGCCUGUUUCGCCUGCAGGAGCAGUUUCGCCAGCACAUGGCCGCCACCAACAACCUGGUGCCCUACCCGGCAGCUUUUGACCUCACUGCCCCGUCAUCACUCCCUUACCUGGGAGUGAACGUGAACAUGCCCCCUGCGCCACUGGGCUCCCUGCCCUGCCAGUCCUACUACCAGUCUCUGUCCCAUCACGCCCAGCAGGUGUGGAGCAGCCCGCUGUUGCAGGCCUCAGCUGCAGGCGGACUCAGCAGCCACAACAGCAAAACCACUAGCAUCGAGAACCUGCGUCUGAGGGCCAAGCAGCACGCCGCCUCGCUGGGACUGGACACGCUGUCCAACUGACGCUCUGGCGAGACGCUCUGACGCUCUGUGUGUAAGGCGAGAAGCUCCACCUGCACCACACCUACACAUCCUGCUGUAUGUCUGUGUGACUGUCAUAGAUUUAUAGCACCCAUGCAGAGGUCCGGUAAGCCUGCCAGGAGGGUUCGGACCGAGGAAGAUCAGACUUAAAACGGGUCAUUUGGGAUUUUUAGAACUGAGCUUUUGUUAAGAUGACAUAAGCAGUUAAUAACCUUCUAGCAGAGGAUAACUCUCUAAUAGACAUGCACCAAUCAGUCGGUCAGAGUUGGGAAUCGGCUAAUUUUCCCUUGACUAGCUCUGAUCGGUGUUUGAUAUAUAUAUUUUUUAUUCAAUAAAAAUAAGAAAACUAAGAAUUGUUUUGGCCUUCAACUGCAUGAACGCACAACAUGUACUGUGAUCCACUUGUUUAAAAGUAGUUCUUAGGAUAAAAAGUUGGAAUCAGUCGAAAUCAGAACUUGCAUGUCAGACUUAAAAGAAAACCAGAAAUAAAUACCAGGCUUUUCUCUGCAUCUUUGCUCUCUUUAGUACAAAUCCAGAUUAGCUGAAGCCAACAGCUAUUCAAACAUCUUAAAGCAGUCCUUUAUGAAAACACACGUUCGAACCUUUAAACAAUUCUCACAUAUGUUUUAAGCUGUUAUUUAUCCAUAAUAAUAAUCCCAUGAACAUAAUUAAUUAAUGAUUAUUGAUUGAUUAUUUACAUGGGAAGUGGAGGGAGGAAGUUGUGUGUGAAACUCACAGUGAGAACAGAAGAUGUAAAGCAGAAUAGCCACCCAACAGGAAGGCAAGACAGAACUUGUAAAAUCCAUUAAAUAGAUUUCCCUUAAUUAUACAAUUAUUUUUUGCUUUUGAAGCUGUUUUUCUUUUGUUUUAGAUGGCCACUCUGAGCAGAAACUCUUUUUCUGUUAUGUUUCAUUGAAUAGUUGCAUUUUAAAUGAUUACUUUAAAGUAAUUAAACAAUUAAAUAAAACAGAACAAUAAUUGCAUAGGUGUUUUUUUUUCUUCAACUUUAGUUAACUUAACUGAACUUGGAAUUAAAUUGACAUUUAAAUAUAAUAUGUAAAUAUUUCAUUAUAAUAAGAUCUACAUCUUAUAACAAAAAUAUGGUUGAAAAAAUAAUGUAUUAGUAGAACAGCAACACCUCAGGAUUUUAAGAUGUUUUCUAGGAGAAACAGUGAGAAGAGGGAGAGUCAUAGUGAGCUCCUUUAUGACUUCUAACAAGGUGUAAACUGUCAGAGGAGCGCAUUUUCAUAACAUUCUUGUUUUAGGAAGAUAUAAAACUUGUCUUGUUAUAACAAAAAACUUUUGCAACGAAUUGUAAUGAGAAAGUUUCUCGUUUUAACAAGAAGCCUAAAUACUUUGAUAAACCAGAGCUUUUGUUCUAGAUUUUUUUUAUUGCAGAACAUUUCACACAGAAACACAGAAAUCCCAUUAAAUGUCACAGUCUCCAAUUUGCAACAUAUUUAGCUUUUCCAACAGAAGACAAAGGAUUCUUAUGUGAUGCUUUUUGUGAUCAGAGUUGUCUUCAGACUGUAGAGCUCUGCUUUUACCGCGCCUCCUGACGGACUAGCCGUUAGCUUCAGCCUCCAGUACCAACUAAUCUGGAUUUUUGCUAAAUUCAGAUUAUCUAUGUUGCACAAACUCACAUCAAAUGUCACCUCAUUUAAGGAAUUUAAACUCGGUAAACUACAGGUAAGAUAUUAACUGCUUCUAACCUCGCAGCAGAACUUCUCUUCAAAAUCCCAAACUGUCCCCUUUGGUGAGAUGUUCAUGUCCUCGCACCUUCUGCUGCAGCCUGCCGUCCAAAAGUAAUUCCUUCUGUAAAAAUAUCAACAAUAAUACAACUUGUAUAAUACUGAACAUGAUGCACUAAGGGGCAACAGUCCAAGUGACAAGAAACACAUUUCAAACUGACUUAUGAUGUGAAAUGUGAAUAUACUGAACAAUUCUGAAAAGGAUGUAAACAACUGAUGGUGAAUGUGCUCUGUUUCUGUGACGAUGUUUAGAAGAAUACUAUGAUUAUUCAUAGUAUUCUUUUACUUAUGUAAAAGCACUUUGGAAGAUACAGUAAAUCAAUAGUGACAAAAAUUAUCUGUAAAGUGCCUGAGCACAAGUCCUCUACGGCCCAACACGGUGAUGACAUCUAAACCCAGCAGCACCGUUCAAAGCGACUCAUCUCCCAGUUAAAUGGGCGGUGAUGUGCUGCUUUCUGCAGACGCUGGCCUGAUAAUGAGAAAAUUAUUUCAGUGACUAAAUUUUAAGAGCUUUUAAUUACAUUUGGCCCAGGGCUGAGGGAGCUGGGGCAAAUGCAAUUAUAAGCAUGCAUACCAUUCUAAGCAGCUCGCACUCUGGAAACCUCAAACAUGAUUUUUGCCUUGACUUCAGCGAUAUCCUGUGUAAAGAGAAAGAAGGAAAAACUCUCCUCCCCCUCAUAUUGUGUUGAAGCCACACUGACUGUAAGUACUUAAUUAGGUCUCUCAUGUCUUUCUUCCACUUUCAGUUCAUGUGUGCUGCAAGAUUCUUUCUUCAAAUGUAAAAAAAAAGCACAUUAUUUUUUAAAUAUGAUAUACAUAAAAGGUCUAUCUAUUAAUGUUUACUUGUAAGGUAAUGUAAAGCUCCUUAUCAUGAUGUAUAACUGAUGGUGGACUUUGGCUGCCAGCUUUUAAUGUGAUAUUUGCUGAAAGUUAUUCAUAAGAUAUACACAUCUUUACUUCUGGGAAUCAAUAAAAACACAUAAACAAAUACGAUGUUCAUGUGCAAUGGGUCUGGAGUGAAAAGUAGCAAAAGAAAAAACAAAAACAUAAUUAUGAAUAAGAUUUCAUAGCAUAAAUAAGCCAAGCCCCGUUGUGUCGCCCUGUAUGGACUCUGUUGUCGUUUUUAUGCUGUCCUCUCACCAUUCUGUCCAUCCUGCUGGUUUAAGUGAUGAAUAGAUUUCUGAUGGAGGAGGAGAGAAGGACAGGACCAUCUGCAUAGAUGUUUCUAUUGCUUCUCCCAAUAAUGUAGACUUGAACUAGUGUUGUUGUAAAGUAACUGCAAAUAAAAGCUUUGCUUGGA